AUGGCAGGAGAACAGAAACCGUCCUGCAAUCUUCUAGAGCAGUUUAUUUUACUAGCCAAAGGUACAAGUGGCUCAGCUCUGACUGCUCUUAUAAAUCAAGUGUUGGAGGCUCCAGGGGUUUAUGUCUUCGGAGAGCUAUUGGAGUUAACAAAUGUGCAAGAGCUUGCUGAAGGAUCUAAUGCUGCUUAUUUCCAGUUGCUGAAUCUGUUUGCGUACGGAACAUACCCAGACUAUGAAGCGAACAAAGAUAACCUGCCUGAAUUAACAGCGACUCAGAAAAACAAGCUGAAACACUUGACGAUUGUAAGCCUGGCUUCCAGAAUGAAGUGCAUUCCAUAUUCUGUGUUGCUGAAGGACCUGGAUAUGAGGAAUCUGAGGGAGCUGGAAGAUCUGAUUAUUGAAGCGGUUUAUACAGAUAUUAUCCAGGGGAAACUGGAUCAACGAAACCAGGUGCUAGAGGUGGAUUUUUGUAUCGGCAGAGACAUUCAGAAGAAGGACAUCAGAAACAUUGUCAAAACACUCCAGGAAUGGUGUGAUGGUUGUGAAGCGGUUCUUUUAGGAAUUGAGCAGCAAGUACUUAGAGCCAACCAAUACAAAGAGAACCAUCACCGAACUCAGCAGCAGGUAGAGAUGGAGGUCACAAACAUAAAGAAAACAUUAAAAGCUACAGCCUCGUCGUCGGCACAGGAGAUGGAACAGCAGCUGGUAGAGCGAGAGUGCCCUCCACACACAGAACAAAGGCAGCCCACAAAGAAGAUGUCCAAAGUCAAAGGGCUGGUCUCCAGCCGUCACUAGAACUUACCAUCUAAAUGUCAUUCAGCUAGGAAUGACAACAGGAGGAGUGAAAAAGGGCCUGCGUCUCCUUUUUCAGUGGGUUCUGGGCCAGUCCCUUUCAGGCUGGCAAAUAAAAGCCCUGUUUGAAUACAGCUCCCAGUUAGCAGCACCUGGCUAAGUUACACUGUGCAGCCCCUAUUAAUUUCCAGGGUGUCCCUGUUCUCGUCCUGUAAAGGGGGA